UAGAGGAGCAGGGCGCCUCCCUCGGUGCUUUGGCUUUUCCUGUACAUGAACUCCUCUAACCGGACUUUCCUCUCUAGUUUGUCCAGCGGAGGAGGAAGCUUAAGUGGAGCGGCUCGCCUCUCUGCUCCGUCACAAGAAAACAACCUGAGGGGCCUGCGUGUUUAAAUCCCGCAGAGACUGAUUCGCUUUGAGAAACUUUCAACCUUCGUUUAUUUUUCUCUUUUUGUUUUGUUUUGCGGUCGGUUUCGUGUGGAGUAGUCCGAGCUGAUCUGCUCAGCCGAUUCAUCAAGAUGUCUGUCCAUUCGAGCCAGAAGACGAUGACGACCUAUCGGACCGUGAAAGUGGCCUCUCCGGAGCCGGUGACCAACACGGUGGUCUCGACCGGGACGGUGUCCCCGAUGCAGUACGCGAUGAACGGCUAUGAGACGGUGCGGUACCUGGUCCCGGUGCAGCAGGCAGUGCAGCAGCAGUCCUACGUGGUCAUGCAGCAGCCCAUGAUGCAGCAGGUGGUGUCCCCGGUGUACCUGCAGGGUCUGCAGCACCUGAGCGUCAGCAGCCAGGGCUCUGACCUGCUGUACCAGCAGCAGAGCGCGGUGGAGAGCCUCAGCAGGAAGUCUUCGUCGGUGUUCAGCCCGUCAUCCAGUCCUAUCAAGAGCCCCGAGCCAAGUGCUGAGGAGGAAGAGGAGGAGGAGGAAGAUGAGGGGGAGGAAGUGGAGGUGGAAGAGGUGGAGAUCGUCAACAUCAUACAGCAAAAGCCUUCGCCGGUUGUGGAGAAGUUCUCCAGGACGGAGGUGAAGACCGAGCUGAGCGAUGUGCCCCAGCCGACCAAGCUGGACACACGUUACUUUGGCGAGCUGCUGGCCGACGUGUACAGGAAGAACUGCGACAUCCACUCCUGCAUCUCCGAGCACGUGGCCAAAAUCCGUGGAAAGAAACACCAGUUGGAUCCCAGCAAUGACUACAAGGUGGAGAGAGAGGAGGUGGAGGCCUUGCUUCCCAAAGGGGCGACUGAACUGACCAAACAACAAAUCCGCUACCUGCUGCAGACUCGUCUCACUGCAGACAAGACCAUGCGUCUCCUGCUGUCCACCUUCAGCAGUCUGAGAGAGGAGCUCCUCCACAUGUCCGAGGACCUGCGGCGUCUGGAGAGCGAGAAGGAGGCUUUGGAGCGAGACCUGAGUUUCAAAGCAGACCAGGCUCGGCAGUACGACUGCCUGCUGGAGGCCGUCCGGGAAAACAACCGACAGCUGCAGCUGUCUCUGAAGGAGACCAUCUCCGCCCAGCGUUCCCUGGAGAGCCAGCUCAUGGGCAGCCGAAGCACCGACUCGAGCCGCGAGUUCAAGAUCAAAGAGCUGGAGGGGAGGAUGAGAGCGCUGGAGAAGGAGAACGAGAUGCUGCGGCAGAAGCUCGUAGGCCAAGGCAGCAGCACCACCUUGCAGAUCAAGACAGAGGAGCUGUCUCGCCAGUACAAGGACCAGCUCAGCACCAUGAGACAGGAGAAAGAUCAGGAGAUUCAGAGGCUGCAGUCCCAGAUAGCGACGAUUCAGACGCAGGUCAGCAGCACCAACUCGUCCACAGAGAAGAGUCUCCAGCUGAAAAUCUCAGAGCUGCUCGCCAUGUUGGAGCAGCGCCAGACGACCAUCACCCGACAGGAGGAGGAGAUCAGGAAGCUGAUGCAGGAGAGGAACGACAGCUCCAAGAACGUCACCAAGACCAUCAUCACCAAGAGGUACAGGAACCAGUACCCGAUCCUCGGCCUGCUGAGCGACGACUACCAGGUCACCUCGCCUGUCAAAGAAGCCAAGACCAUCGUCAUCGAGAGGACUGGAGAGAUGAUCAAACAGGAAUGAAUGAACAUCACGAAGACCCGGAUGUCCUCCCCCCUCCCUCACCCCCCCUGCAUGCAUGUCCCCUCCCCUCCUUCCUCCUCAGGGCUCCCAGGGUUGGUGGUGGUUAAAGUCCCCCUGUCCCUCCCAAAUUUGGGAUGAUUGGUUUAGAUCUCGGGUUUGAACAAAUUGGGCUUGUUUGGGAUGUUUUUUUGGGGCUUUUUAUGUCGAUGUGAACAAAUAAUCAGAGACCAAAUCUGCCACUGCCAAUUGGUUGUGUAAUGGAUUAAGGAGGCACUAAUGAAGCGAUCAUGACAGCAGAGAACUGGGCGAGAAGACGGUUUUGUUUAAAAUCGUAACCGAGAUGACGUCCUAUUUUAGUUUUUACGAUCAAACAACUCGUCCUCCUUUCUCGCCUUGGAAGCUGUAUUCUGCUUACGUAAAGAUUGAAAACAUCUCAAACAAACGUCAGAUCACGACUAACCAAGAUGAACAUCGUCUGUGUCCCAAACUGGCCUGUGAUCGGCUGCACUCCGGUAGCUGAAACCAAAUGUUGUGUGAGAAAUUCUAAAUUAAAGUCUCACACCUUUAACCCCCUCGGUCUGACUCGCACAUUAACACUGAAACGUGACGUAGCAAUAUCUCAAUGAAGAAUGCAUGUUAUGGGCUCUCUGCAGUAGGGUUGGGAAAUCAUGAUACGUUGCUCACAACUGAAUCACUCAAUAUGUGAUUCUGUCAUAUACUGCAAGACAGUCAUCUGUGAUGAAUGCAACUGAAGAGAAAAUGGCAAAUGGCUUAGUAUAUGUGGAAAAACCCAGGAAUGAAUUUUAUGGACAGCAAAGAGCCAAGAAAGCACAACACUGAACACGAUGGAGCUCUGGCUCAGUAUCACAGGUGACUGUGUUGUGAUAUAUUGCUGUAUCGAUUAUUUGUCCCAUCCCUACUUGGCUGCAUUCAGCUCCACAUGGAUGUCGUCUUCCCUUGAAUGGCCCUCAAAUGCUUGGAUAAAAAGGCAGCUGCCAAACAGAGUGAAACUGAAGGAGUGUCCCAAAUCCACACUACAUACUAAUUCUGAUCAGGUAUCCACGACAAGUGAGACCGGACAGUCUGCUUCAGAAACACAGUCGAUUUUUGAGUGUGCUGUAGUUGGAUGCCACUCUCUCACAGUGCAUGACAGCUCCAGAAAGGUCAUCAGUUAGUCUGCUUUCUCUUUGUUUAAUUGGCAGCAAUAUUCCGUCCAACGUUGUACCAUCGCUGCCACUUUCCUGUUAGUCAUGAAAUAAUGAAAAGUAUGCUGCUUUGUUUGUAUAGCAACUGCUAAAACAGCAUCCUGUGACGAUCAGUAUGUAGUACUGCCUUAAGAUGAACUGAAUGGAUUUGGGAUACGCCACGAGUUUCAUGGGGUAGCAUCCCCUAUCUGCUUUGAGCUGACAGGAUCAGGCGAUUCACAGGAAGCUGAUGUUGCACAGGGAAGAUCCUGCACUGGCAAAGAAUCACAACAACUAAUAAGGCCAGAGUUUCAGCACUAAAAAAUUUUAACCGUACUUCACCUCUGUUUGACAAUAUAAAUGUCAGUAAACAUGUCAUUAUAGAAUAAGUCAGCUAGCUUGUAACACUCACUGCUUGGUGUGCAGUGCAGUUUGUAAGAGGUGGCCAGAAUUUUGGUCAAACCCUCAAAAGCACACACUUCAUUCAAAUGAGACAUAAACCAAAUAAAGCUCACCAAACCGUCACUUCUGGUUUGGUCCAAAUUAAUUCUCAACUCGCAGAAUAAGAUGUGACAAUAUUCCAGCUUUACAGCCCUCUGGGGCUUUGCCAGUCCCCUGUCCCCAAACCAGCCUCUGCUGGUCUCAGUGGUACCGGUCCCACUAUCCAGUCAGCUACAGUGCUAAUUGAGCUAACUUGGCUAACUGUAGCUGUAGCUCUAGCCAAAGAUAGCUACUGUGGAAUGAAGCAUUUCUUUCAUUUCUUAGUAGUCAGGGCUGCUCCGUUUCUUCAGUGGAGCUCUUACUGAGGGCUCACAUCUUGUGCAUCAUCCAUUUCCUCGCUGAAGGCUCACUAAAGGGAAGACGAUGUGCUAAUGUGGAACCAAAUGCUGCCAAAGUGAUCUAAAAGAGUGCCGACUCAGCCUCCACUUGUUUCUAAAGCACAUUCAGACAAGCAAAGCGCACAGCACGAGAUCCUCCUCAAAGCCACCACAGCCAUGCUAGCCCAGGGGACGAGGAAGUGGAUAUUUUACUAUGAUUGUUACUCUGCAUGUAAAUAUUUAUAGAUAUAAAUUUAUAUUUGUAAGAACAGCACGCUCAGCGAAUUAUUUUCUCCAAUGUACUGCGGCCCUCAUGCCACACCUUUCUGCUGGACAUUUGAAAAAUGUUCUGAUCAGGUAGUUUGCUUUUGUCUUGUGCUAAACCGUAGUUUUCAUUUGUCCACUGUGUAAUUAUCAUUAAAGGUUUUGUUUUUUUGUAUUUUGAGGUCCUGUGAGCCUCAGAGGUGUGUUGGGAAUGUGCUGUUCACAUGUAGCUUUUAUGUGUUUGUACGUGACAUGUGAGUCAGGGACUGACGCAAGCUGUCAGCCUGACUCCUGUGGGUGUGAUGCAUUGAAGUGGGUGGGGGUGGGGUUUAGGGGUGGAUGACUGGAUGGAACUGGAGCAUGGAUUUAUGGGGUUUUGUGAUGGUGGAAGAACAUUUUAAAGCACAAUAUUAUGUAAACCGUUUAUUGAGUUUUCCUGGUUGUCUUUGUUCAGGCUUUCUACACAAGGAUGCAUGUUGACGGCUUUGCUGGGUGCUGGUCUUUGAGGUGCUGCAGCCUGUUUUGCUGAUCUGCAGCUUGACUGCAAUUCAGGCUAAAAUGUUUCGAGCUGGCUGGCAACAUAAAAACCUUAACAAACUGAACGUGAAGAGCAGGUUCCAACUUCCUGUUGCCAAUUUGAAAAAAAAAAUAAUAAAAUCAUAAUUGUCUCCCAAACCAGCUCGUUCCACAUUAUACGGAUCACAUAAUGAGGUAUUACAGAUGCUGUAACAGCUGUUUAUGUACAUUUAAACAGAUUUAAAUUAUACAUAUAACAACUGUUGUGGUAAACCACAAACACACCCACACACAGUGGUUUUUGAUUUUGAACAGGUUUGAACAUGCACAUACAUUACAGAGUUAUGUAGGGAAAUCUUAGCCACAGUUUUACUCUGAGCACAUAAAGCGUUAGAAUGGGACAGAUAAAUAUAAAAAUGAACAAACGGCAUAUAGGUGUGUAUAGGAAAAGUUGUUUUGCUGGUAUUUCUGAUGUUAGUUAGCCAUUUUGUUUGGCCUCUGGACUUGAUGAGUCGUUGCUGUACUCUGUAAUGAUCUGCACUGCUGCACGUUCACAUUAAGCUGCUGGAGCUCAUCAGUUCAGUGGUGCAUUUCUGGUGAUACAAACUGUGCAGUUUUUGUUUUCCCACCUCUGCCUGGAGGUUUUAUUUUUGGCAUUCACAGCCAUGGAUUAUGCUCAGAGCUCUUGCACGAUCUUACUGCUGGUGGAUGAGUCAAGAUGAGUUUCAGGUUGUCACCUAAUUUUUCAUGGAAAUUAUUUCAGUCUGUGCAACAGAUGACAUUUGCAAACACACACUGACACAGUUUUAACAGGCUGCAGCACCUCUUCUUUACUUUAAAUGCAUUAAAAAAAAUAAAUGAAUUAGGAUCUCACUGCACCAACAUUCCCGCUAAACAUGUGAUAAACAGGGCUGACUGGAAAGAGCUGCCCAGUGGACACAGAGCCCAGUUUCUAUUGGAUGUCUGUAAAAAUAUCGUCUGUUCAUUUGGUCAGAAUCUGGUAAAUCUGAUCAUGGCGUCAUUGGACCGUUAGCGGCUCUAUGGCUGCCCAAAUAAAAAAGACCUUCACGUUUUCUUGCUAUCUGGAUAAUCUUCAAAAUCCUGCC